AUGAUGUUUUUGCAUUUUUUAGGAAUUCUUUCUAGUGUUGCCUGCUACAAAGUAGUUACAAGUCCAUGAGCUCCAAUUGUAAAUUGUGAAAUAGGAGCCAACUCCACAACUUUUUCAGGAUAUGCUCUAGCCUUGCUAGAAUUAAUGGCUGAAGACCUUAAUAUAAGUGAUGACUACACUGUUGAAUGCGAAUCAUAUGAUGACAUGAUAAACAAAGUUAAGAACAAGGAAGCUGAUUUUGCUAUAGGAGGAAUUUCUAUAACAAGUGAUUUAUAUGAUUCAUUUACACUAUCAAUCCCUACAAUUGAUUCUGGGUUAGUUCUUAUUGUAAAUAAAGAAACUCGAAAUCUUCUGUGACUAUUUUUAGAGCCUUUUGAUUAUACUCUAUGAAUUUGCUGGAUAUUUUCAGGCGUUUUUGUAGCACAUGUGCUAUGAAUUUUAGAACGAUCUGAUAAAGGAGCAAUUUCUUUUGCAUAUCCUGAUGGGAUUUUGCAAGCUUUAUGACAAACCUAUGCUUCUUUAUUCCUUGCAAGUGACCGAAAAAUCAAAACAAUCCCAGGAAGGCUUUUUCAGCUGUCUUAUUGGCUGAUUUCUUAUAUUUUAUUAGCAGCUUAUGCUGCUGACUUAGCAACAAGGCUGUCAAUAUCAUUAAAAUACACCACAAUAAAAAGUUACCAAGACUUAUCAGGAGAAAAAGUAGGCUGUUUCACUAAGGACGCAUCAAUUCUGAAUUAUUUUAAAGCAGAUUCGAAAAGUUAUAAUAAUGAUGCAACUGAAGGCAAAAAUAUGUUAAGUGAUCUUAAAAAUGGAAAUCUAGAUGCGGUUGCCUUGCCAAAGCCACUAGCAAUUUAUCUUGCUUCACAGGACUGUGAGUUAGCGAUUGUUGGGAAUAUAUUUGCAAAUGACUAUUAUACAAUGAUAUUUAGAGAUGAUUUUGAUGCUGAAAUGUUUGCAAAACUGAAUCGUGUUUUACAGAUGCUGACAGAAAAUUAUGAAAGCAAAGCAUUAGAGAAUUUUUAUUUUUUAGAAGCAAAUGGAGAUCCGUGCUAUGAUACAGAAACAAUGCCAAUCAAUUUGACUGAAGUCGGAGGGUUGUGGGCAGUGUUGGGGGUUGGCAUAUUUUUGAGUAUUUCUAUGCAUUAUGUGAUAAAAAAGUUUGUUAUAUACCUAUUUAAUGCAGAUUGAUAUCAUAGCUGAAAGUUAAAUAGAGUUCUAAUAUAUUAAAUUCAAUAAUGUCGUCGUGAUAUAAUAUAAUAAAUAUAGAAUAAAAAAAAAACAAAUAAAGAAGAUAACUAUCAGCUGAAUUUUGUAGACCCAAACACCCCUGAUGAUAAUGAUUUAAUGAAUAAAUUCCAGAAAAUAUUGGGGAGUAGUGAAGUAAAAGUAUCAGACAAAAUGAAAGAAUUAGAAGAAUGCAUCAGAAGGUAUUCUAGUGGCUGCUCACUUUUUGAAAGCACACUAAAAAAGAUGUCAAAUACAUUAGAAGAGCUUUAA